CAACACCAUCCCGGACCCCACGAUCCAACUUUACUCUCCAGGACGUAUUCCUCGUGUCACACAGAACUCUUCGUCGCAGUCGGGGACCCCUCGUGCGCGCACAAUGACACAUCGCCCUCCGCAUGCCUGGCCGUCUUACGUCCAGUCGUUCGCUCGCUCUCCUUAUCGACCUCCAUCUGCGCCAGGGCUCCAUCGCGCGGUCUCUUCCCCUCGCAAGCGACGAUUGCUGCUGAUUCGACAAACAUGGAGCGCACCGGCUCCGAUGAAACGAAACAUCAGACACGGGCCCCGGUCGACUCUUCGAAGACUUUGGAUCCAGGUGCCCGGUUGCCGCUCCCACGGAAGAACUCGCCGUUCAAGCUCUGGUCUAAGGCGAGUCGGCUGGCUGCGAUAUCGAGGCCCUUGAAGGACGUCGUCGACAAGUUGGCUGCGGAUCCGGGAAGAGCGCAUACAGUGCCUAUCCAGGGCGAACUGGGGAUAAACCUCCGCGUCGAACUCUGUGGGGCGAGUGAGGUUUUGCAACGGAGCAGGGAAGCGGUCCUGAGGCGCAAGAGAAUCUUGGAUCGCCUCGGGAAGUCGCAAGCGGCAUUCGAACAUCUGGCUCAACUGGCGCUGCCUUUCUGUGAAUUGAAUCCGAUAACAAAAGCAAUCACUGGUGCACUAGGUGUCAUAUAUACCAAUCUCAAAGACUUGCAAGACUGGGACGCCAACCUAGUCCAGCUUAUAGACGACAUGACCCAAGCUCUCGCUUACGUCCAAGACCUGCGGGCGAUGGAAUCGACGGCCCAUCUCAAGCAGACUCUGAUCGAAUUCGACCACUCGGUCCAAGACUGUGCGGCUCUCAGUCUCAUCGCAGAUCAGGCCAAAACCGGCUGGAAGGACGCGCUGACCGGCGCACAUGUGACAGCGAUGCAGGCUCUGUGCCGUCGCUUUGAGCGCUGGCGUGUUCAGUUUCACGUCAGUCUGCAGGUCGACAUACGGUCCACGUUGAACGACAUCACCGAACAACAAAAGAAGUUCUUCGAGAGGGAGCGCUGGAAGAUUCUCGACAUGAUCCGGCCGCUGGAGGGCGCAGACGAGUGCCUCGUCUCCGGAUGCAUGGCAGGCACGCGCGAGCGCGUGCUUACCCGCGUCGACGCCUGGGCCCGGCGCACCGACGAGAAGAACAUCCUCUGGAUCACGGGCCACCCCGGCUCCGGCAAGAGCUGUGUCGCACGAUCCGUCGCCGACCGGCUCGACGCGGACUACUCAGGCUCGGCCGCCUGCUUCUUCUUCUCCCGCGGGACAAGCUGCAAUCCCAUCACCGCUACGCGGGCGCUGUGCGCUGAUCUCGCGCAGUCGCAGCCUGCCUUUGCGGAUAUCCUCAGCGCCCAGUUCACAGAUAGCCGCUCCUCCACGAUCAAUUUCCGACUGGCCAAGGCCCCCGAGACGUGGAGCAGACUGAUCCACACUCCGCUGGGUCGGUAUGCGGAGAAUACAGUGGACGACGGGCAGCGCACGCUCGUCCUUGUCAUCGAUGCCCUGGACGAGUCUGACGGCGUUGCGAAUACACCCUCGGCGACUCCAGCGACUGGGUUCCUGGACGCAUUGGCGACGUGGGCCACCCUGUCCACGUCGUUGCGACUCAUCGUGACGAGCCGCACGCAGCACCCGAUUCCCGAGGCACUAGAAGCGAUCAGCGAGCGCCUGGAUCUUUCGGCUACCACGGCCGACGAGACGUGGCGCGAUAUUUACCACUUCUUGACGGCGAGCCUCCAGCGGAUCCGCGCGGAGUUCCUGCUCCCCCGCUCGUGGCCGCGCGAGGCUGACAUCGACCGGCUCGUGGAUCUGGCCGGCGGGCUGUGGGUCUGGGCACACACGGUCGUGCAGCUGCUGUGGACGGUCGAGGCCGAGUCCGUACUGCGCCGCAUUCUGUCUGUAGGCAUCGCAAAGGGGGGGCAGAUAUGGGAGCUGUACCGCACCGUGCUGCUGAUCGCGUUUCCCCGACAGCAGGAGGACGGCGACUGGGGCCCCGCGUUUCUGGAGGACUACGCGCGCCUCGUCGGCGCCCUCGCGUGCUUCCCUGGUCGCGUGGCGCGCCGCGGCUCGCCGUUGCUCCGCAUCCUGCGUGUCAACCGGCCCACGCGCAAGUGGAUCGUCCAGCAGCUGCGCCCGGUACUCAAGGACCACGCGCAGUAUCUGGCAUUCGAGCACCGCACCUUCGUCGAGUUCCUGACUCGCUCUGAGCGGUGUCCGGAGGAAUUGCGCAUCGACAGCGCUGUUGCAGCUAGGAUGAUCGCGUGCGCGAUGCUGGAUGAGCUCAGAGCGAGUCUGCGAUUCGAUGAAACAUGCUUCAAGUCUUCGAGGAGGGAGAACAGUCCCCGAAGUACGGAUAUUUCCGAGGAGUUGAAAUUCGCAAGCUUGUAAGUACUGGGCUGAGGGGUUACCCGCUUUGCUUGAUCCGGAUGAUGAAGAUCAGUUCUCGGGACUGAUCCGCGAUUUCUUGAUGACGAAGUUCCUCUUUUGGUUGGAGGUGCUGAGCUUGUGCGGGCGGAUGGAGAGAGCGCUUGUUCAAUUAGAGAGUCUGAAGCAGGCUUUACGGAAAACUCGAUGGCGACUCGACGCUCUCACGGUUCCACCAAGCACGUGGUCAAUGUUGGAUUUCAUCGACGAUGCGCUAUCGUUCGUCGAAUGCUUCAUGCCAUGCGUGAAGCGCAGUGCCCCGCAUAUCUACCUCUCCUCCAUCUCCCUAUGCGAUUUGACCUCAAGGAUACACCAAACUUACGCGCCCUCGCUGGCGCGCUAUGCCCACGUGACAGUCCAAACCGCGCACGAUCUCCGAGAUGGCCGUGACGAGACAUUGCAGGAUGUGAUCCACGUCCCAGACGUGUCGGACGACGUGCUGUUGCUCGAGGGCCACGCGGACCGCGUCAUCGGUGUCGCGUUCACCGCCGCGGACGAACACGUGGUAUCCUGCUCGGCGGACGGGUCCGUGCGGUUCUGGGACCCGCUCACGGGCAGGCCGAUAUUGACGCCGUUCGUCGAGGAGGGUGCGGCACGGGUGUGCGCGGUAUCGCCGUGCGCGGUGUUUCUUGGUGCAGGCUUCGUGAAUGGAAAGGUGAGGGUCUGGGAUUUGGACGCCCACGCGCCAAUCGCCUCGUUCGACGUGCAUGCGUCGCCUGUGGUAGCCUGCGCUCUGUCCGCGGCGGGCGGGCGCGCCGCCGUGGGGCACAGAGACGGGACGGUUCGGUUUUGGAACGUCACAGAGCAGUCCGAGUAUCGGCAGCCUUUCAGCUCCGGUUCGAGCGUGCGCAUCUCCGCCGUGGUGUUCGUGGAUGCGCACACGUGCCUCUCUGUGCAGGGUCACGUCGUCACGCUGCACCGCGCUGACGGUCAAAGCCACGUGAUUCUCCAACAUGCGAAGGCAUUACAAACGGUGGCCCUCGCUCACGAUCCUCGCCGUCUCAUCGCUACGACGUCGACGAACCAAGUCGUCGUCUGGGACAUAUCGGAUUUAGACAGCCCGAGCGACGGGAUGGAGCUGCCGGCCGGGAUCCCGAACGACAUCCACUGCGUCGCCGCGCACGCCGAUCUCCUCGCACUCGGCAUCAGGGACACGAUCCAAGUGUGGGACAUCCGCCUGGAAAAGCCCGUCCUGGGCUCCCUGGCGGGCCAUUCCGGGCGCGUGACCGCCCUAGCUUUCUCACGUGACGGCGAGCGCCUGCUGUCCGGCUCCCAGGACCGGUCGAUCCGGGUCUGGGACAUCAGCACGCCAGAUGCGACGAGCGUGCAGGGCAUCCCGAACGACGCGAGGAUGGACUCGGAGGGGUGGAUCGUUUCGGGGAGUGAUCUGAUCGUGUGGGUGCCGCCCCAUCUGCGACGACGACUCUGCUGGGGCCGCACGAAGGCGGUGCUCGGCGGCCGGCCGGCCGCAGUGAUCGAAGUCGUCCCGGAGCUGAUCGGGAGCAGAUGGCACAAAUGCUGGCUGGGCAAGAAUAAAUAAAUAGACGACGGGGUAUCAUUAUAUUGAACUGCCAUGGGAUCGGCAGGGAGUAUGUAUUCGAUUCGAGCGUUUAGAGUCCCAGUGUGAGAGCGACGGUGUGCGCCGCGCCGGGCAACGUGACGCGGAACACCAUGAACUGAUUAUCGACGUCCUCUCCGGCGUCGUACGGCACACCCAGCGAGACACCCUGGGUCGUCAGGAAAUCGUUGUCGCUCUGGUAGUAGUAGUUUAUGCACGUCAGCGUUUCCUCCAUGAACCAGCUACCCAGGGACGCACAGCAGUGAACAAAAAGUAGUCGUCCGGGGCCCGCGGAUCGCCGACCGGCGCCAGCGCGAGACUCUCCCACUUGGAGUCCGGCAGCGUGUUGUCGUCGGGGUCGCCCGUAUGCAGCCCGAAGCGCGCGAGGUCUGUCGCGUUCACGUAGUUGACGAACCCGACGUACGUAACGGGCGUGAUCGCGGGAUCGAGCACGCCGCCGGGCGCGACGGGGAACGCGGGCGAGUCGAAGCGCGUGCCGUGGAUGUCCGUCGCGUUCACGAUGCUGAACAGAUCCGCUUGUCUGAAUUUUCACCCCAGUCAGGUGUGUGCACGAGACAUCGACUCGGACGCACUUGUACUUGAAUUUCGUCCCGCUGCCGCCAUGCCCGUUCCCAUCCCUAGACAAACACAGGAACACGCCGUCGCUGACGAGAUGGAUCUCGCUCGUCGCCUCGACUUUCCCGUUGCUGAUCACGGGCAGCAGAAGCACCCAUUCGCCCACGAGUGGGAUCGUCCCGGCAGCAGCAUUCGUCAGGUCGUAUGCAAAUAGCCGGGUGACCUGCCCUGCGCCGUCCUGUACAGUUCCCGAUUGCAGCACCGCGUAGAGAAUGCGCUUGGCGAAAUCGAGCGUUAGACCUUCGAAGCCUGGGUACCUGUUACACACAAAACCGCAAAAAAGAAAAACGAGAGAAACGUGCCUUGAUUGCCUUGCCGCCCCGUAUCCGGAUUCGUCUCUGACGUAAAGUUGAGCGUUCCAUUGAUCAUCGGGAGGAUCGCCGCGGGGGGUUGAAUCGUCUGGAUGAGGCUGCCAUUCGCCGCAAAGUGGUAGAUGUACGGGCCGUACUCGUCGCUCGUCCAGAACCUGCCUAUUCUGAACGCGCCCUGCGAGCAGCUGAGCACGGCUUUUCUCACAGUCAGUCGAACCCGGGGGCACGAACGUGCGCACAGAUCACACGAAGAAGUGUGUGCGGGUUGUCGCAAAUGACAUGCGCGUAGACAGGUAUCUGCAGGUGUAAGAUGGACGUAGCGUGCUCUGCUCAGAUGUCGAGAAAAAUGAGGUGGCUUCGGAAACAGUUGCCUUGCUUGUCAAGGCACUCUCC